AUGAUUGUUCUUACAGGUUCUACUGGCGGUUUAGGCCGCGCCGCGCUCCAGACCCUCCUCUCAGAGAAGCUGGUCCAGACCUCAGAGCUGCGAAUUUCGUCCUACAAUACGGCCGCCAUCCCGGCCGCCGUCCGUGAAACCGGGAUUGAGAUCCGCAAGGGCAACCUGUAUGAGCCUGCGACACUGGUAGAGUCAUACUCCGGUGCCGAGGUAUUGUUCUUGGUGUCGUUCCCUUCUAUGGGUGAGGAACGCUAUGAGUUGCACCGCAACGCAAUCGAUGCCGCAAAGGCUACAGGCAUUCGCCACAUCAUCUACACCUCGCUUUCAUUCUGUGGUGGAGCGGAAGGCAACACCAGCGUCGCGCAGGUCGCGCAGGCUCACCUCCUGACCGAACGUUAUCUGAAGGACAGCGGGCUUACCUACACGAUCCUCCGUAUGGCAUCAUACUCACACCUAUGGAAUAACUAUGCCGGUUUUCUGAAGCUGGAUGCCGCACCCAACGACUUCCAGGAGGCUGUACUCCCCAACGACGGCCCCGAGCACUGGGCAGAUAGGGAGGAACUGGGCGAGGCCACCGCAAGGGUCAUCGCGAACUGGCAAAACUACAUCAACAAGACCCUCAAUUUUACUGGACCCGAGCUCUUGACUGGCGUCGAUAUAGUCAAGAAAUAUAUGAAGCAUACUGGCAGGAAGGUCAGCAUUCGCGUCUUGCCUGUUGAAGAAGCCAUCGCAUGGCACGUCAAGAAUGGCAGUGUGCCACCUGAGCAAGUCAGCUUCCUUGAGAACUGGGCGAGCUGGCACACUGCUAUCUCGCUUGGCGAAAAGGCCUUCCUCGACCCUACCUUCGAGCAGCUGCUAGGCCGAAAGCCUAAGACGAUCGAUGACCAGGCUGAUGACCUUUUCUCGGCAUCAAACAUUCUCGACACUAAGGACCUGGUGGGAAUUUAA